UCAUUUGUUUUGGAGGACGCUCAUGACUUGUGUAAUCAAAUGAUUCGUGGUCAGUGUUAGUGAUCAGUGAGUCUGUGCUCAUCUGAUUAAUUAGUAUCUGGUCAUUCGCAGCAGUCAGUCAUGAAUCGCGCGCUCUUCGCGGUGUGCCUUGCGCUCAUCGCCGCUCACAGCGUCCCGCUGUCGGUUCCGCCACAUGAGGAAGUCGCCCGGAUGGCUCGGUUUGUGGUCAAUAAGUGUGACUGGGCUUCAAUGGCGACGAUCUCUACUCACGACCCUGUCAGAGGACAGCCGUUCUCCAACGCCUUCUCCAUCAGCGACGGGCCCGCGGGGAACGGAACCGGGACACCCUACAUGUACCUCACACACAUGGAGAUUUCAGUUCAGGACCUGCAGGUGAAUCCGCAGGCAUCUCUGUCUGUGUCUCUGGCUCAGACCAGCUACUGUAAGAAUCAUGGAUUCGAUCCUCAGAGUCCGCUGUGUGCCCACAUCAUCCUGUCCGGCUCCGUUGUCGAGGUGAACGGCAGUGAGGCUUCAGUGGCUAAAGCCACUCUGUUCAGCAGACAUCCAGAGAUGAUCGACUGGCCCACCGACCACAACUGGUUCUUUGCAAAGAUGAAUAUCACACAGGUUUGGGUGCUCGAUUACUUCGGUGGAGUAAAAACUGUGACACCUCAGGAGUAUUACAGAGCCACUCCAUGAUGGAAACAUUCUGGAAGUGACACGGUAAUCUUGAUGAACCGGAUCAAAGUCUCUGAUGGAACGAUUCAGAAGAGACUCAAAUUGAUGAAUGUUUCUCAGGUUGAUGCUGUUUGAAUCUUGUAGAAUUGUGAUGUGUGUGUAUGACAUAUAAACCACGUUGUUAAUCUCUCAAAUAUUUCAUGGAACAUGAUAUGGAAAUUUAGUUACAGUGUUUUUUGUAAGCAUUUUGUAAAAUGCUUAAACAUUUUUGCAGGUUUGCACAUGCUUUUUCAUUUGAAUGUUUGCAGAUUCUCACCAAAUACAAAUGCAUUGCUACAUGUUGAUUUAAAUUUUAGCAAAGUCUUGUGAGAUUCAUAUGUAUCACUUAUAGAUGUUUAAUUUGGCUCUGACCUCUAACCUUUGCAGGAAAAAUGAAUGUCACGUGAUGUUUUGCAUCUAGGCUCAUUUUGCCCAUAUUUUAUAAUCAAUCUGGGUUUUUAAAACACAGCUGACACCUUCCAGCUUUAUAAAAAUCAAUGAGAUGUCGGUCCAACGUUAUUUACCCAGAGUAAUUAUUUUUCUAAUGCCGAUGUAUAUUUUAGAUGUACAUUAUAAGGAUCUGGUUGUUAUAUUGCAGUGUGUGUGGUGAAAUAAAGAUCAGAUUUUAGAUCUCA